GAAGGAGUCCUCCUGUCAUGCACACCUGAGGCGCUCCUUUUCGGCCACCAAAGAAAAAAGCCAAGGGAAGCAGCCGCCCGGGGUUUACAAGCGGUACCAGCGACCCGCGAAUCGAGAAGAAAAAGGAUCUCGGACCGACGCAGCAUGUCUGAGCUGCCGGGCCCUCCGCCCGUUAUCGUCUGUCCGGGAAGCUCUCCGAAGCGCGUCUUGGUCUCGGUCAUCAAAACCACCCCAGUCAAGCCGCCGCUCACCAGCAGCGAGGAUCCCGCCCACGUGCCCGUGCCGCCGCCACCCAUCCCUACCAGCCCGGGCUUCAGCGACUUCAUGGUCUACCCAUGGCACUGGGGGGAGAACGCGCACAACGUCACCCUCAGCCCUCCUCCGCCCGCCGCAUCUCAGCCUCUCCGCGAGGGAGGAGGAGGAGGCAACGGCGGAGGGCUUCGGAGCGCCGUGGAGCGCUCCGCAGGAGACGACGAAGAAGCGGGAAGCCCCGACAGCGGUACUGGGAGCAACGGGCAUUUGAGGGAUGGGAUUAGAAGAGGCCGACCAAGAGCAGAGACAGUCCGAGAUCUAAUAAGCGAGGGAGAGCAUUCAUCUAGCAGAAUACGUUGUAAUGUCUGCAACAGAGUUUUUCCAAGAGAGAAGUCUUUGCAGGCACACAAAAGAACUCAUACUGGUGAAAGACCUUAUUUGUGUGAUUACCCAGAGUGUGGGAAAGCUUUUGUUCAGAGUGGGCAACUUAAAACACAUCAGCGUCUCCAUACAGGAGAGAAGCCUUUUGUCUGUGCAGAAAAUGGAUGUAUAAGCAGAUUCACACAUGCAAACCGCCAUUGUCCCAAGCAUCCAUAUGCAAAAUUAAGACGAGAAGAACCUACAGAUAGACUGAACAAAAAGCAAACUGCAGACAACAAAGCUGUUGCUGAAUGGCUGGCAAAGUAUUGGGAAAUGAGAGAACAACGCACUCCUGUGUUGAAAAAUAAAUCUAUUCAUAAGCCUGACCAAGAGCAGCAAGAUCCCAUGGAAUAUCUUCAGUCUGAAGAUGAGGAAGAGGAGGAAAAAAAUACUGCUCAUUCAUCUGUUUGUAGCCGUCUUCAAGAACAACGUGAACGCUUACAUGGGGCACUGGCACUCAUUGAGCUUGCCAACUUGGCCGGAGCCCCACUACGACAGUAAUAGAAGAACUGGAGCGUGGAUUAACAAAAUGUACUGAAUUUUGUUAUUUAAACCAAUUAGCUUCUGGCAUAAGCUAAGCACCUUAUUGGCUUCCAUACGCUGCUAUUAUAUAGAAUUUAUGAAGAAUGUUGUUACCCUAGAAAAUGGGUAAAAGAAUUGCACUUUUUAUAUGGUAAAGCUUUUAAAGUAUUUUGUAAAUAGGAGAUUGUAUGAUGCAGUGUAUAACAUGAUCAACUUACAGAAAGCUAGAUUUGCAAGGUUAGGGUGCUUUUAAUCACAGUUGCAUGGAAGUAGGUCACCGCAACCAGUGAUAUUUGCUUCCAUAAAAACAGUGUUUAAAGUUGGGGUGCCAGUCAUUCUUUAUUUCAGUUCUCACAGGAAGCACUUUCUAAACCUGUAUGGGAAUAAUGGUACAUACAUUCAAAGCAAAUUAAUAGAUUUUUUUUAAAUUAGAUGUAAUCAUUGAUGUACCCAUGCUGUUUUGAAGAUAUUUUAUCUAAUAUUACUGACAGAUGUUAGAAUGUCUUAAUUUUAUGGCACAAUAGAUUAAUUGGAUAGAUUUUCAUUUAAAAUCUUCUUUGUGACUGGUGACAUGGAGGCUGACUUUGCUUUUAUGGAUAGAUACCUUACAGUUCUUUUGGUUGAGCAGCACUUACUAUUCCCAUUAUAAAUAUGGGAAUAUUUGCACAUUGUUGGACUCUUCUAUAAUGGAGUGAUUACUCUUGCAAAUUCUAGGCAUUGUAGUAACAUCCAGUAUGGGUUUCAGUCAGAGCUCUUAAACCCUACAACAAUGGCAUUUGUGUUUUGUUCAUGGAGAUAUUUACAGGGUAGCAUUGGUUUUUAAGAAUAUUUUAGAAUUUCACUAGCAAACACUAAAAGGUUGCUUCCUGCAUUUUCCCGCAGAUAGGGUUUGGGGUGUUUUGUUUGUUUGUUUUUUGCGUGAUGCCACCUUAUUAUUUUAAUUGAAAUUUCAAUGCCAAGUUGUUUUCACUAAUUGUAGCUUUCAGCUGUAGUUACAAGUGUGAGAUGUUUAGGCUAUUCUUUCCCUAAGUGAAGAUGUAGUACAGCACUUAGUG